UUCGCAUGCUCAGAACUCCACAGGCUGCAGCAUAUCGCACACCGAGCCGAUACGCUUCGCAGGGAAACAAUAGUAUUAACUGCGUUUGUGAUAUAAAAAAUUCAUCAAAAGAGCCUCAAAAAACGCGUAUCGAGUGGAUGUAACCUCGAAAAAGAUCGACUACUGCUUUUCGUUUUAACCGAUUGCCUCAAAACAUACAUACUAUCCACGGAUUCCAUGGUUUCACCCUUCGCGCGGUACACGGAUAAAACUGUUUGGGAGAUGUUUUCUCGCGAGAUCAUCGACCAAACUCUUUCAAUUGCAUUACGCUUGUAGUUUCUUUCGUGGAGUGAAUUUUUGGAUGGAUUUUUGUUGAUCAAAAAAUUAUUUCGCGUAUUGUUGGGAAUAGUCGAUUGAUAGUGCAUCCGUCGGUUGUCAUGAUGUUCUCGUGGUCGUGGAAAGUGCGAGAAAAGUGAGAGGUUGUGUGCUUAAACCCCAAGUGCAUCACGUACACGCAUACAUACAAUAUAAGCAAAAGGAUGACGAUGCUACUAUUAGGAGAGAACCGAAUACAGCUUCCUUGAUCUACGAAUAAUUUGCGGCGAAGCACCCUCGUUCUUGGUCCAGCUUUAACACCGGAUACAAGGCAGAGUGAUAUGUUAACCGAAGACAAUGAUCCAACGAAACCAGCAGGCGUUUUAGAUAAUGCUGGCAACGUGUCAUCGUCGACAGAGGCCUCGGUACAGCAUCCUCGAGCCGCAAACAAUGGUAAAUAAAGCUCCUCCAUUCCGGGUCCAUUUAAAAGGCUACCCUUUUAAAGAGACAGAAGUCAAAAACGAGGUGCAAGAUUGUCCCGAAACCGACAGCGUGCCCAGCGGAGAAUUGUAUAUCGAUGAGAAUGCAGAGGAAAAGGAACAAGAAUAUCCGGAUUCUAUGGAAAAGGCAGAUUACAGUUCGUUGUACGGAGCCAAUCAAUAUUAUAACAGUUUAUACAACUCGCCACCCUAUGGGUCAACCACAGCUGGAAAAAACACCUCAAGCUUGCAAAGUUCUUACCUGACCUCGUACACAACGCCAAGCUCCAUGACUCAAUACUCGUCUUACGCCACGUACAAUAGUGGCACCACAAAUUUUCCUAAUGUGGCUCAAAAUAUAUCACCAUCUUCACAGAAAUUAGAUUACAGCGCCUAUAGUAGCAGUUUAUACGGAAAUGACAGGGUACCAUUACAGUAUUCCGGAUAUUAUCCUAUGCACAGUUACCAUGCAACACCCACCUCAUUUAACAUUGGAAACUUAAAUUUUGCUGAUUCGACAAAAUCUGCACUUACCUUGGACGCAACAACUCACGAUGCUAGCGAUCUUACCGCACGAGAAACCGCAAACAUCGAAGGUAACACGAUUCGAACGACAGCGAAACCUUGCAGACGCGGAAGACGCCAAAGCGGAAGUGGAAAUAGUAUAGGUUCUGCGGACACGACAGAAGCCGGUCCUGACCGGAUAUUCAUUUGGGAUCUAGACGAAACCAUAGUUGUAUUUCACUCUCUACUUACUGGACAAUUUGCAACGAAGCACCGUAAGGAUCCGGCUCUUCUGGCCCAAGUGGCGUAUAGAAUGGAGGAGAUGAUAUUUAAUUUGGCCGAUACUCACUUUUUUUUCAAUGAUGUCGAGGACUGUGAUCAAGUGCACAUCGAUGAUGUAUCAUCAGAUGAUAAUGGACAAGAUUUAUCUUCUUAUAAUUUUGCCAAUGAUGGUUUCCAAUGUGCGUCUACAAACAAUGGUAUUUGCUUGGCUUCUGGUGUAAGAGGUGGUGUUGAUUGGAUGCGAAAACUAGCUUUUCGUUAUCGAAAAAUUAAAGAAAUCUAUAAUAAUUAUCGAAAUAAUGUUGGCGGUUUGUUGGGUGCUGCGAAACAAGAACAAUGGUUGCAACUUCGUUCAGAGAUCGAAGUAUUGACUGAUAAUUGGCUAACGUCUGCUGUAAAAUGUCUGAGUCUUAUAAAUAAAAGAAGUGACUGCAUUAACAUUCUAGUCACUACCACACAAUUAGUACCAGCUUUAUCGAAAGUAUUACUUUUUGGAAUUGGUGGAAUAUUUCCAAUUGAGAAUAUUUAUUCUGCUUCAAAAAUUGGAAAAGAAAGUUGCUUUGGAAGAGUAGUCGCGCGAUUUGGUCGAAGAUGUACGUAUGUGGUAAUAGGCGAUGAUACUGACGAAGAAACGGCAGCACGUGCCCACAAUUUCCCAUUUUGGAGAAUAAGUAGUCAUUCGGACACACAGUCAUUGUAUAACGCCUUAGAAAUGGGAUUUCUUUAAACAGAAUACAUUUAUAAAAAAAAGUAGGAUUAAGAGGAAUGGAAAGUUUCAAAAUAUGUCUAAAAUGAGAAAUAUCUUAGUUCGUUAAAUGGCAACUUAUAUAAAAUAUUUCUAUAUUCUCUACUAUCGAUAAUGAAAGUAAAAAAAAAAAAAAAAAAAAAAAAAAGAGUAAAAAGAAACGUUUUUAUCAAGUGAACAUUUUAAACAUUCCUACUAUAUCGAUCGUAAAUUGAGGAUCGAUUGUUUCUCAAGAUCGCUAUAUACGAUUAUCGAUCAUAGUUAUUUAUCGAUCGUCAAAUGCGACCGAUCGGAGCAGGGUCCACAAGUGAUAUACAAUGAAAGUAAAAGAAAAAGACAAAA